AUGGAUGCCCGCCCCUCCGAUGGUGACAAGUUGUUGGCGCAGAGCGACGGCUUGGGUGCCCAACGGCUUCUGUGUGAUCCGAAGGCUUGGAGUGUCAGAAUUUCUGCCCUCGGAGCAGCUAGCCGUUGGCAAGACGCCUUGGACUUCCUUGCCCAGGUCCAACCUUCUGCAGACAUUGUGGUUUUCAAUGCAGCCAUUGCAGCAUGUGGAAAGGCUGGCCGGUGGCGGCAAGCGCAAAACGUUCUGCAGGAUGCAAUGCAUUUGAAUCUGACACCCGACAUCGUGACUUGGAAUACCAUGCUUGCGGCAUGGGCAAGAUGUUCCGAGUGGCAUCGUUCACUUCAUUUGUUUGCAGACAUGCGCGCAGGCUUGCCAGGAACAACUCGGAGCCUACCGGAUCCGGACCUCAUCACCUACAAUUCAGUUAUCAAUGCAUGUGCAAAGGGGGCCUGCUGGAAAGAGGCCCUUGCUGUGUACACGGAGUUGGAUGAACACGACUCCGUGACGGCCGAUGAGCAAAGCAGCAACUCACUGCUCAACGCGCUGUGCCGCUCCCGACGAUGGCAGCAGGCGCUGCUGGCCUUGUGGCACCUCCUUGGCCAAGGCGCCGCCGUAACAACACCGGGCUUCAGCGCUGUCAUCAGCGCCCUUGAGCGUUGUGGUGGCUUCUGGCGCCAAAGCCUGGCGCUGGUUUCCCAUAUGCUGCAGAGUAGCCUCGCAGAUUUGCGAAGCUUCGAUGCUGCUAUCAGUGCCUGUGAAAAAGGCCUCCAGUGGGAGAGAGCUUGCCAGCUCAUCGUCACCAUGCGCUGCGAAAGCUGCUUGCCUGGUGUCCGUGGCUUUAGCGCUGCGCUCAGCGCCUGUGAAAAGUGCAGCGCAUGGAUAGCUUCACUGGCCCUGCUGGCGACGAUGAGGAAUGAGGAGGUGGCACCGAACGCUGUAAGCUGUAGCGCGGCCAUGGCUUCAUGCUCCAAAGCGGGUCGCCUCAAAGAAAGCUUGGCUUUGCUGGAGUCAAUGGAGGCUUGGCAGAUUUCCGCGGACGCAGCUGCCUUUGGUGCUGCCACCUGUGAUGCAGACAGGCAAACAGGGAGUUUCUACACCAGCAAGUGCCAUUUCACACUGGGCCGAGUUUGGGCUAAGGUGUGCUGCGCUCUGACUCCAAGUCAUUGGGCGCUAGUUCUGCAGAUUUUUGAGCGCAUGGACCAGCAAAGUGUCGAAGCAGACGCUGCUCUCUGCGCGAAUGCAUUAGAAGCAUCGGUCUCGACGCCGGCAUCUUUGCAGUCCCUGGCGCUGCCGCAGCGUACACUCCGCAGCGCACGAGCGCAGCUUCGACGCGUGAGGGAGACUCUCCGGAGCAGCCGAAGGGACUCAGAGCAGGUGGCUUUGAAGAAGGACUUGGCAAUGGCCGCUCUUGCAAUGGACACGCUGGAGGUCUUGGAUGCCUGCGAGGGUGAGAUCACGGCUGCCUUUGCCUUCAUUGGAGCCAGUGCAAAGCGUGGCCUCGCUGGCUGCUUGGCAUCGCUGCCCCUGAGCUGGCUGCCAAACCUGGGGAGUCACUACACGAGGCUGACGCUGGAGGACUUCGGCUUGCUGGGCAAAGAAGACUGGCUCGGGGCAGCACGGCGUGAGGCAAGGCGGGAAACACACACCACGAGGGGGCCCCUGGCUUUGGGAGCGAAGUCGCUGACAGCCUGGGCAAGCGCUUGGUUCGGCUCCAAGCAGGGAAGCAAGUCCCGCAGCAUCGGCCACAGCGACCGGGGAGGCCGUGGUCUUGGGCUGCUGCCGUCUGUUCGUGCCGAACACGACAGGUCUGGGCAUGCAGAACGGCAUGCUUUGUUGUCACUUCUUCUCGGUCUGGCUCGCUUGCCGCACGGGCGGAAAUGCCAAAAAGAGUUCAAGAUACAGCUCAGUCGCAAGCAGCUUGUCCAGGCACGGCUGCUCAUCGAUGCCAAAGGUUUAGGCUCACAAGUUCUGCGUCACCGCGCAGUGAUCCGGAAGAUGAUUUCCACCGGGAAGAACAACUUCCCGGAGGUGAACAUUUCUGUGACCAUCAUUCGUGCUCCGUUCGUGUUCGCCAAAUUGUGGGGCCUCGCAAAGAGCCAUCUGACGCCGGCCAUGCAGCGAAAGAUCUGCAUACUCGGCGAGGAUUUUGCGAGCGGGUUGCAGGAGCACUCUGGGUUGGACCGGUCUGUCCUUCCUGGCUUCCUCGGAGGACAAGGCCGCGGCCAAGAACUUUGCGAGGUGAGAAGCGUUCCAGUGCGUCUAGCAGAGGACGGCAGGGAUGGCCAUUGA